CCAUGCGUUCUAAGUUUCAAGCGCCGUCACAGUAUUUACACCACAGAAGGAAAGCGCGAGGGAUAAGAGAGAAAAUUAGGGAGUACUAGUAGAGAAGAAGGGUAAGAAGGUAAAAAUGGCAGCGGAAGCAGCGUUGGCGUUGCCACCGGGAUUCAGGUUCCAUCCAACAGACGAGGAGCUUGUGAUGCACUACCUCUGCCGCAAAUGCGCGUCUCAGUCGAUUGCUGUCCCGAUUAUCGCCGAAAUCGAUCUCUACAAGUUCGAUCCGUGGGAUCUCCCAGGUAUGGCCUUGUAUGGGGAAAAGGAGUGGUAUUUCUUUUCACCUAGGGACAGGAAGUACCCAAACGGAUCGAGGCCGAACCGGGCGGCAGGGUCUGGUUACUGGAAGGCUACCGGAGCAGAUAAGCCAAUUGGGCAGCCGAAGCCUGUUGGAAUCAAGAAGGCUUUGGUAUUUUACGCAGGGAAAGCUCCCAAAGGAGAAAAAACAAACUGGAUUAUGCACGAAUAUCGGUUAGCCGAUGUGGAUCGAUCGGCUCGCAAAAAGAACAGCUCAAGGUUAGAUGAUUGGGUGCUGUGUCGCAUAUACAACAAGAAAGGCACAAUUGAUAAGCAUGGACAAGUAAGCCACCGGAAAUUGAACUUGCCGGAAAUAAUCGAGGAUAAGAAGCCGGUGAUUAUGGCUCCUCCGCCAGCUCCGUCAUCGGCGACGGGAACCGUAAAUGAUUACGCCUACUUUGAAACGUCGGAUUCAGUACCGAAGUUGCACACAGACUCGAGCUGCUCAGAGCACGUAGUAUCGCCGGAGUUCACAUGCGAGGUGCAGAGUGAGCCCAAGUGGAAAGAAUGGGGGAACGUAAAUGCCCUUGAUUUCCCGUAUAAUUACAUGGAUGCCACCAUGGACAAUGCGUUCGCGUCGCAAUUCCAGGGGAAUAAUCAGAUGUCGCCGCUUCAGGAUAUGUUCAUGUACCUACAGAAGCCGUUUUGAGUGGAAGACGAAGUGCAAUCGCACGGCAUCACGAGACUGAAAGUCUAUGAGUGUGCUGUGGGAGAACGUAGAAAAUAAUUUAUUCGGUGGUAUCCACUUGUGGACGAUGGGUUUGGGUAUAGCAUAAUAUAUAUUAAAAAAAAAAAAAAAAGCUUAUUGUUAUGUAUAUAUGGUAGUUUUAAGGGUGGGUUAUAUGUUUUUUGGUACGCUUGGGGGGUAUAAAUGAUUGUAUUCGUAUUUUGUAGUAGUCUUGUACCUUUUUAAGGUAGGUAUAUUCGAAAAUCAUUCAUCCAUUUUUCCUUAUUUAUAUUUAAUCUCUACUAUUUUUAUC